GACACUGAGGGUAUAAAUUGGGGCUGGGCUCAGUGUGUGCAUUCACAUCAAAGGCCAACAUGAAGACAGGCACGGUCUUUGUACUAGUGGCUUUUGUCAUCUUGGGGAUGGAGAUGGCCUUCGCUCAGGCACGGGAAAACAGACCUGGACUCUGCCCCAAGGUGCCCGAAGACGCCUUUGGGCUUUGCGCUGAAUCCUGCUCAGGAGACGAAUCAUGUCCCAGUGGAAUGAAAUGCUGCAGCAAUGGAUGUGGCCAUGACUGCCAAACUGCUAUCCCUGGGGCGUCUAUCCCAGAAAAUGAAGAUCUACCGUGGUGGUGUCUGAUUCUAAGGAGCUUGUGUGCAAAAUAAAUCUUUCCUGUGGCAUUAUU